UUAUUUACCAGAAGGACUUUGAAUUUCUGUUCAUGUUUUUAUUUUACAUUCUUAUACACUAGUUUUAGAAGAUAGAAUUUCAAUUUGGUCCCACACAUCAGUCAAAAUUGCAUUUUCCGAUUUAAAUCCAAAAAUACCAUGAGAGCUGCAGUAUCUUUGUUCCGAAACCACCUCUCGCGCAUUCAUGCGGAGGCGUUGCCGAGGGAAUACUACGGCGAAAGUACGAUGCCCCGUUGUCGCUUCAUGCAGUACACGCGCCCAAUGGAUGCCCAAAAGCGACUCGGUAUGGUGUCUGAGGAUGGCACAAAAAUGGUUGAGCUCUCGAACAUUACCUGCGCCGCACCAGACAUGAUACAGUUUAUACAUCAAAGAUACUGCAUGGACAGCCUGCUCGAUAGUGUACAGUAUAUGGAUGUGCAGGAGGUGGGGGAAGAUGUGGUGCUGCUGCCACCGAUCAAUGCACCGAGCAAAAUCAUCGGCGUCGGCUGCAAUUACCUCGACAGCUGCGAUGAGCAGCACCAGUCUGUGCCCAGAGAGCCGGCCUUCUUUGUGAAGUUCAACACAUCGAUUAUCGGCGCCCUGGACAACAUACGGGCUCAUAAUAUAGCCAAACGCAUUGACUACGGUUGCCAGCUCGCCGUCGUCAUUGGCAAGCAAUGCCGUCAUGUUCCGCGCAUCUCAGCCAUGUCCUGUGUGUUCGGUUACAUGCUCGCCCAGGAUAUAACGGCGCGGGACUGGCAGGCACUCCUAGGCGGUCAAGUGAUGUUGGGCAAAUCACUUGACACUUUCUGCCCGUUGGGACCAGUUCUAGUGCACAAGAUACACAUGCCCGACGUAAACAACUUGUGGAUCAAGACCUUUGUCAAUGGCCAGGAACGACAAAGUGGCAGUACCCGAAACAUGAUAUUCAAGAUAGACUACCUCAUACAUCGCCUUACACAAUUCAUGACGCUUUGCCCCGGCGACAUUAUCUUGACAGGAACACCUGCCGGUUCCGGAGCCUAUCUCAAGCCUUCCACAUUCCUUAAGCCCGGCGAUCUCGUUGAGAGUGAAAUACAAAAUUUAGGUAAAAUGCGAAAUAAAGUGGUCAAUCCGUAUGCCUAAGCACCGUACACUCUUUUAA